CCGCUUUCUCGAGCGUCUCCCGGGAACGCGCAAGCGGUCUUGAACGUCCCCUUGGUCCUCGUUGCGCUGCUGAGGAAAUAACGCACGGUUUAGACGACGUCGGUAUGAAAUGGCAGAAAGUGUUUGUGCUUGUGUCACGGAAGCACAAAGAUUAGGUUACGCUGAAGCCAGCGUUACACAUGUAUGUUGCGGUGAUCCCGGCCUGCUAGUUUGAGGGAAACGGGGGUGUAUCCGGAGGGGUAAGAGCUGUUUUUCUCCAAAAACUGUCCCAGUUGUGUCUCCAGCAGACAACGAACGGCGACUGCGGUUCGACACUGUCGGAAUUAACCGGACAGGGGCUGCAGAAGGUUGACAACCAGCAGGAGAGAGAAGAUGGGUGUUUUGAUCAGAGCCAAAGGCAUGAUGGCAGGAGAGAAGUCAGGAGAGAUGAGAUGAGGAGAAGCGAUAAGGAUGAAACAGAAGCAUAAGAGAGGAGGAGGCACAGGAAAAACCGGGCAAGGUCUUGAGAGGAGAGUUCCAGUUGGAUGCCUAGUCACAGUGUCUGUCCAAGGCUUCAUCAUGAACCGGAACAAGUGUGAAAAGGAGUACUACAGUAUAGAUGUGGGCGAUUCAACGUUUAUGGUUUUAAAGCGCUACCAGAACCUCAGACCAAUUGGAUCUGGUGCGCAGGGAAUUGUUUGUUCAGCAUAUGAUCACAACUUGGAGAGGAACGUCGCCAUCAAGAAACUCAGCCGGCCCUUUCAGAAUCAAACUCACGCAAAACGGGCCUACAGAGAACUAGUGCUCAUGAAAUGUGUCAACCACAAGAACAUAAUCGGCUUAUUAAACGUAUUCACACCACAGAAGACACUGGAAGAAUUCCAGGAUGUGUAUCUAGUGAUGGAGCUGAUGGAUGCCAACCUGUGCCAGGUGAUCCAGAUGGAGCUGGAUCACGAGAGACUGUCCUACCUGCUCUACCAGAUGCUGUGUGGAAUCAAACACCUGCACUCAGCUGGUAUCAUUCACAGGGUGAGGCACACUAUUUUACAUAUAUACAGUCCCCUCCAAAGGUAUUGCAAUGGCAAGGCCAAUUCAUUUGUGUUUGCUUUACCACUAAAGACAUUUCCUGAUGUAGUAGCAGCUGCCAUGGAGCUGGAUUAUUGCUGGGCCUUCAUCCAGAAUAAAAUAAUGAAUAAAUUGUUGGUUUCUCAGUCCUGCAUGCUAAUUUGGUGGUUGUCAUUUCAUUUUUCAGUUGAUGUCUGGUCUGUUGGCUGCAUCAUGGCUGAAAUGGUCCGGGGUAGUGUGUUGUUUCCAGGCACUGAUCAUAUCGACCAGUGGAAUAAGGUGAUCGAGCAGUUGGGGACACCAUCUCAAGAGUUCCUGAUGAAGCUCAACCAGUCAGUGCGAACCUAUGUGGAGAACCGGCCACGGUACGCCGGCUACAGCUUCGAAAAGCUCUUCCCUGACGUCCUGUUUCCUGCAGACUCUGAACACAACAAACUGAAAGCGAGCCAAGCUCGAGACCUCCUCUCAAAGAUGCUGGUAAUUGACGCAUCAAAACGUAUCUCAGUGGACGAGGCUCUCCAGCAUCCUUAUAUCAACGUGUGGUAUGACCCGACUGAAGUGGAGGCGCCACCACCCGUGAUCACAGACAAGCAGCUGGAUGAGAGAGAGCACACAGUGGAGGAGUGGAAAGAGUUGAUAUACAAAGAGGUAUUGGACUGGGAAGAGAGGACAAAGAAUGGCGUCAUCAGGGGACAGCCAGCAUCCAUAGGUGAAACAAUGAGCAGCAGCCCCCAGCAGCACCACCAGCAUCACCCCUCUACAUCCUCCUCCACCAAUGAUGUCACCUCCAUGUCCACUGACCCGACACUAACCGACACCGACAACAGCCUGGAGACGGCCAGCACAGUCGCUGUCGCUGCCACCGCUGCUGCUGCUAUGGCCAGCGGCCCCCUGGGCUGCUGCAGAUGACUAUCAACUACACUUCCUGGUCCUGAUGCUAGGCAGGCUAGUGUCCCCUUUGGGCACCUUAAAGACCACCAGCCCGACACUGGCUCCUGGACUUGUCCCCUACAUCUGCCUCCUUCCACCUCUUCUCUGUGCUUGUCUUCAGUAGUGUAGCAGUUAGCCAGCUAGCUGUUUGAGAAAUAUUUCUGAAAGGACAGAUCUUUUUCUUUGACAGUUAUAGGUUUUUUUAAAUUAGGAUUUCUUUUCAUUUGAGUUCCAGCUGUAAUUUAUUGUGGCAUUUCUUAAUUUUCAGAAACCUAAGAUGAUGAAAAGAGAAUUUGUAUGAUUUCACUAUGCUAUGGUUUAUAUUAACCAACAAUGAGAAUUUAAGGAAAUAUCGCUAAAAUGUUUUAAUGUGAUCUAUUUUUCUGUUGAAAGUCAUGUUUUAAUCUGCAAACUACUGCUUUUACAACUUUCCAUAUAAAUUUAGAUUGAGUUUGUACAGAUCUUCGAUGCCAGUUUGCAGUUAGUCAAUGAAACAUAAUUCAAGAAAUGUUCUCAGUACACCCCUAACCUGCUUUAUCCCACUUAGUUUGAGUUGCAUACGACAUAUUUGGUAAUUUAGAUUUCUUUGUUAAAAAAAAGUCACUACUAGUUCCUACAUUGAAAUUUUUCAAUUUAAUGAAAGCUUUAUACUUUACUCAUCCUUCACUUCCUUUUCAGUCAAAAUUUCAUGGUGCCCUUUACAUUUAAACUAUGAGAUUGAUAGGCAUAGCUGGCUCUCACAAAAAAAACUUGGAACUUUUUGAGAAGCAUCUGUAUUUUCAAGUGCUUUAAAGUACCUGCAACAGACUGCGUGACAUUAUGGAACUGGAAUGAUGAUAUUUGCUUGAGAAGACUGGGUGCACUGAGCUCUUCUGUGUUGACCACCGGCUUGCUUUGACAGUGAGGCGUCGUUAACAGUUCAGGACGUCAGAAUGGUUUUUUUGUCGUACUUGGUCAGGUUUUUCCAGACUUAGUUGUGUGAGGCUGUAAAAUUGGUGAUGGUUUAAGUAGAAUGUGCUUCAGUCAGGUAGGGAAUUGUGAUCUUGAGAAUGCAUGUGAACGUGUUGAUAUUUGGUGUCUUGGAGGGAUUAGCAUCUGCAGCCCGAUGGAACAGUUUGAAAAGAUGUCGGCUUCCUACUACUACGAUGUGUUACUAGUAAUGUACAGUACUUUUGUGAAUUUGGAAACGGAAAGUGAUCUGUUUGAAUGUUGGCCAAUCUUUGCGUAUCACACGUGAAUAAAAUAACCUAAAACUUGGCAUGUUAAACAGAAGCACAAGCAAGUGGAGUCUAACAAAACACAUUAUGCAAUAAUAGUGCUGGUUUGAGAGAUUUUAAUUUUGAAUAGAAAGGAAAGUGCCUGUUUGUCAUUCAUUCCUAAGUAUGUCGGAGGAAGUGUAUUCAUAUGUGUAGGUUUUUAUGGUAUCUGUAAAGCAGCAGUGGUGUCUAUACCAGUGAUGUCUGAUGGGGUUGUAGUUCUCACAAAUGUAUUGUAUAUUUUUCUACUUGUUUUGAUUUUGGCCCUUGAGCGGGAGAGUGUGGUGUCUUGCAGGGUAUGAAGGUGAUGAUGUAUGCGAGAUGCUUAAGCAUGUGUUUGAGGCAUUUCAGAAGAACAGGCAGGUUUAUCAAGGUCUUUCAUCAAAGUAAAAAGGAAUGUUUCUUUGCUGUGAAAGCAGCAAAAAUAUCAGUUUUUGGCUUUUCUUUGAGUACUGAUUUAAGAGAAGAAAGAACAAAGGUUUACUUUCUAAAGUUCAGCUGGAUGAAGUUAAGCAAGUAAAUUCUUGUCAAUAUUUUGCAAAUGGUUUUUGGAGAAGGUUUCCUUUUAAAAGUCAGAUUCGUGCUUUAGUUACAAAGACAUUUCUGAGAGGCAGAGACGAACCAAUUUUUUUGGCAGAUUUUUCACGUGUAAAGUUAUGAAUGUGUGCGUUUCUCCUAAGUUCUUAGUAAUAACUAGCUAGUUUGAGAUGAGGGAGAUACUAAAUGAGGUUGCACCAUUAAAACUUAAAGAAGGUUUCUUAGUAAAAUCCUUAACUGUGGAUAAAUUGGUUACCAAAAAUGAUCUGUAUCAGUGUCAAAGUAAAAUCAAUCAACUGUGUAAACUAAAAGACACUGUAGCAAAAUAGGUUUUAAUGAAUUUAUUGCCCAAACAUUUGAAUUAGAUUUCCAGUUCUUUAUGAAAUUAUUACUUAAUUUAAAUAUGCAUAUAUGAAGUAAUAUGCAUGUUUUACUGUUAAUUAUCCAUAUUGAAUGAAUGGGAAAUAUGCCAUAAUGCUAACUUAACCACUUCUGUUUGGUCAUUCAGUCUAACUUUAUUAGCAUAGUGUUGAGUAAUUUGAGGUAUAUUGUGUCAUUUUUGUGGAAUUUAUUUUAAAAUGUAAACAACUUCCCAGUUUACAUAUUAAACAGCAGUUUUAAGUGUCUGGUCAGCGUUGACCACAUUGCAUUUUAAGUCUAAAGAAGUAAUACAUCAGUCAACAAAUGUUAGCUUUGUCACUUAGCUACACAUUAGUUUUGUCCGCUAUCUACACAGCUAUUAUAGUUAGUAUAUUAGCAAGCUGAUGUUAGCUUUGGCGGUUAAACAGCUACACAGCAGCUAACAUAAAAUAUUAGGAAGCUAAAUUUGUCAUUUUGGCAGUUAUUUGCUCUAAAUAUCUCAUCUCAUUUUCUAUACCGCUCAGUCCCGAACAGGGUCACGGGGGGAGCUGGAGCCAAACCCAGCCGGCAUCGGGCGAAAGGCGGUGCCCUAAAUAUUUAGUAACUAAUCUCUACAUAAGAACUAGUUUGUGUGGUGCAACCUCUUUUAAUUUUGUUAUAGCAUGUCUAAGUUUGAACUUAAGAACAGGUGGUGUAACUGCCUCUGCUAUCUUUUCCGCCACUAGAACUUUAAGGGAAUGUUUUGGUAAUUUUUCAAGCAUCAAGAAUAUGCUAGCAAGUAAAGCGUUAGCAGCUGCAGAGACUGAUUAGCACAGUACACAACUAAAUUCAACCUGCAUUCAGUUAGUGUAGAAUCCAGCAACAAAAAGUAAAUCACCAGUUAGUACAUGUGCAGUAGUAUUUUUAAUAAACAAUGAGUAAAAAGCUCAGACUUAAACUAUGUCACAUUUGUAAAAUGGAAGCAAUAGCAGGGAGAAAAAAAGUCAUAUUCAUUUGUCAUAUUAGCCCAUUUGUCAUGGUAACUAAAGAAGAAAAAUCAAGAGUAUACACUUUAUUUAAUGUGCUCUUAAAUUUUGUAGUCCAAAAUUUGGAGCUUUCAUUGGAAUUCUUUUUUCUUCUUCUUAGGUUGUUUUUUUUUUGUUGUUGUUGUUUUAUUAGCCUACUCCAUCUGUUCAAACAAUGUCAUUCUGAUUGACGUCGGCUUUGAUAAACUACCUCAGGCUGAAUUUCUGCCAUUUCUUGCAUAUACUUAGUCGCCUGCAGAAUUAGCUAUCGAAGAUGUGUGAAUAACAGAUUCCAUUAUUUAUUUAUUUGAAAGUGUACUAUUUGUUGGUUUCAACACUUCUAGUUUUGUACAUUAUGUACACUUCACCUAGAAGUAAGAGAAUUAUGUGUAUUUUUUUUGUUUUGUUUUGUUUUUAAACUAAAUGUGCAAUACCUUCAGCAAACUGUGCUAGUACUAUGUGAUGGGCGUAGCCUUUGUUAGCUUUCUCCUGAAGGUAAAGAAAAUGUUUGGUACUGUCAGUUUUUUUUUUUUAAAUGACUAAGAUCAGUUUUUAUUUUGGUCUUGUUUAUAGUCAUAAUGUUACAUAAUCAAUCUUACUCACCAAACAGAUCUGUCAGCCAGGGUUUGAUGCAGAAAUGGGAAAUUCUCUAAGUCACAACCUGGCCAACAGAUUUUGAUUUUGGAGGGGGAAGGACAAUAAUGUUAAUAAACCCAAAAAAGAUCAGUAAAUACCUAUAAGAGAUCAUUAUGUGUAUGGUGCUGGUUUGUAAUGUUUGCUAGUGAAUCCAGCCAUGCAAGUAGUUUUAACGAUUCCUGGAUCUGUGCAUCCCAAAACCCACAGCCAACAAAGUGCAUUACUAGGAUACAUGCACUGGGAUCUGUAAAAAACAAAACAGCUUUGAUUUGUCUUUAUUUUUUCCUAACAAGUUUGCUGCUUUGCAUACAGCAAAAUCCAAUAUUACAUCUUUACUUCCCUAAUGUAAUGCAAAUCCUGGUAUGUAUGGGUAGGAUUUAAAGCAGCUAAAUAAACGACUGUUCAUUUACCAAUAGGGGAAAAUUGGUGAAAUUUCUUUUUCCCUGGUGGGAUAAAGAAGGCGGAGAUUAAACCACUUCCUAAUAUACAGAAGGAAUUAAAGGAUAAGGCUGGUCAUUUUCUAUAUUAAAAGAAUUUUCAACACUCCCCAUAUAGAUACUAAAACCGACAAUGAAUUGCCUCUACUCACAGUUAAUGUUUGUCAGUCUUAGUCCUUCAUUGCUUAUUUGUCUAUGCCAUAGACCUCCAUUGUUGUUCAAAAAGGAUUAAAGACCCAUUAGUGAAACACACCACUGCACUGGGUGGCACAUUUUUUCACUGGCAAAACCCCAGAUCUGAGCGUGACGAGCUAGCAGAAUGUAAACAAAGCAGAGAGCUCAAGUACUGUAUAUUUAUACAUAUAUGUCGUCGACUAUACUUUUAACUAAAAUAAAAGGAAAAUACAGACUACACCUUUAUUUGAAAUUUAUUAAGCCUGCUUUUAUUUGUUAUUCACUUGUCAGUCAGACACAGGGUUGUGAUUGGGAGUAGAGAUGAGGAGGUGGGGAAGAGAGCAGACAGAGAGAAGAAAAAUGAGCAUGGAACUAGAGCCUGAAGGUCAAAGAAUGUGAGAAGAGACACUAUCACACCAGUAUGCACAUUUCCUUGUGUUCCCUAGUCGAACGUUUGGCACUUUUUGUGACAUUGUAUAACCAUUAACAGCUAUGCAGCAGAGUUAACAAAGCUAACUAAUAUCUGUAUGUUGCUAAUUGGUUGUAAUAGUACUAUUGGCAAUCAAUAGGUUGUCAGAAGUGUUUAUCAAGUGGAAAUAUAUGAACCAGUGACCUGGACUUUCAAACGACAUGGGGUUCAAGGUCAAACGGGCCCUGCGGUGACUGGGAGCUCUGUGGGUCAUCUGACGAAGGUUCCAUAAGAUUCCAGCAUCCACUGCUGUUUCUGUUCUUCUGUUCUCCAUUCCACACCUCUUGCACCACCUGAACUGAACUGUAAGUGGGUUUUUUUUGUGGUCUUGUCUUGUCUUUUGCUCUGAAUGAACAAAAUUGUUUUACAAACAGGCCAGCAACCAUUUUAUUAGUGUGAAGUGUGUGUGUGGGCCCACAUUUUUUGUUAGAAAUAUAG